CGACCACAUUAUGACAACGCGUCGUAGGAAGCGUGACAAAAAAUCGGCUCCUUAGGCCGCAUACUUCCCUAUCCGCUUCGCCUUGGGCUGGGCGAUUUUUUACCAUAAUUGCCGGUGGCAGAUGAUCUCCCCCGGUCAAAGCCUCGGCGAUUUUAGACAGCUGAGCCGCCUAGGCACUACGAGCCGGCGUCAUUCGCAGACGGAAAAUCGUCUCCCUUUGUGCCAAUUCUCCCCGGCUAUCCGCUGUUCCAGGAUUAACUCCGCCAUCCUCCAACGCGAUGACACUGGAGAUGUCGACGCCUCACCGGAACUUUGCCAGAGAAUCGGCGGACGGCGGCGCGAGUUCGUUCUUGUGCCUUUCUUGGUUACUGCAUCGGGACUGCUCAGCUCCCUCGCCACUGCGAAGGCUGCUGAGCAGGCUCCAGAUAACCCCGCCAGUGUCGGUGUGGUAGUUGAAGAGAAGAUGGACAAGGAAAAAGAAAAGGAUAAGAAGGAUGAAGGAGAUGGUUCGGCUAUGUCUAGAGUUUAUGACGCGACGGUGAUUGGGGAGCCGCAGGCGGUGGGAAAGGACAGGAAGAAGGUUUGGGAGAAGCUUUUGGCCGCUCGGGUUGUGUAUCUUGGUGAGGCAGAGCAGGUUCCAGACCGUGAUGAUAGGAUUUUGGAGCUGGAGAUCGUAAGGAAUCUCUUUAGCCGGUGCACGGAGCAGCAAAGGUCUCUGUCCUUGGCCAUUGAAGCUUUCCCUUGCGAUCUACAAGAACAGCUGAAUCAGUUCAUGGAAGGGAGAAUUGAUGGUGCAACCUUAAGGUCUUACACCUCCCACUGGCCACCUGAGCGCUGGCAGGAAUAUGAGCCUCUUUUAAAUUAUUGUCAUGAUAAUGGAAUCAAACUUGUUGCUUGUGGUACUCCACUUGAGGUAUUAAGAACUGUUCAAGCUGAAGGGAUUUGGGGCUUGACUCAAGCACAGCGCAAACUAUAUGCACCGCCAGCUGGUUCAGGAUUUGUUUCUGGCUUCACAUCUAUCUCUGGAAGGUCUAUGAUAGACCAGCUUUCUUCAAAACAAUCUGUUCCUUUUGGUCCUAGUUCAUACCUAUCCGCUCAAGCAAGAGUUGUUGAUGAUUAUUCAGUUUCUCAAAUUAUCAUGCAAGCAGUGAUAGAUGGAGGUUCUACUAGUUUGCUUGUAGUUGUGACAGACGCAAGACAUGUAAUUUAUGGCUCUAGAGGUAUAGGUGUCCCUGCUAGGAUUUUGAGAAAACUACAAAAGAAGAAUCAAGUGGUUAUACUGCUUGAUCCUGAAAGGCAAGACAUUCGCAGGGAAGGAGAGGUUCCUGUAGCUGACUUCUUGUGGUACUCUGCUGCUAAGUCUUGUAGCAGAAAUUGCUUUGAUCGUGCUGAAAUUGCACGAGUCAUGAAUGCAGCUGGUCGUAGAAGAGAAGCUCUCCCUCAGGAUCUGCAGAAAGGCCUUGACCUUGGAGUAGUAUCUCCUGAAAUACUGCAGAACUUUUUUGACCUUGAGCAGUAUCCUGUUAUUGCUGAACUAAUUCAUCGAUUUCAAGGGUUUCGGGAAAGGUUACUGGCAGACCCCAAGUUUCUUAAUCGGUUAGCUAUUGAAGAAGCUAUAUCAAUAACAACUACCCUCUUAGCACAAUAUGAAAGACGUAAAGGUCGUUUUUUUGAAGAAAUUGACUAUGUCCUGACUGAUACCAUCAGAGGCAUUGUGGUUGAUUUUUUUACAGUGUGGCUUCCUGCACCAACUAUGUCAUUUAUUUCUCAAGUCCAAGAUAGCUCCCCCUUGGAUAAAUUAGAAUUGCUAAAAGGAUUUCUUGGAUCCUUGCCUGACAAUGCCUUCCAAAAGAGUAUUGUUGGAAAAGACUGGAAUGCGAAUCAGAGAUUGGCAUCAGUGUUGUUUGGAGGCCUGAAACUUGCUAGUGUAGGUUUUAUUUCUAGUGUUGGAGCUGGAGCUGCUUCAGACGUCUUAUAUGCCAUACGUCGAUAUCUGAACAAUUCUUUUAUUAACGAUGGAAAUAGGAAACGAACUCCCAUAUUGAAAUCAGCUGUUGUUUAUAGUUUUUUUCUUGGAACUUCAGCAAAUCUGCGGUAUCAGGUUAUUGCAGGAAUUGUGGAGCAUAGGCUUUCGGACUAUCUACUAUCUUAUUAUAAUAAUCCUCUACUUUCAAAUAUUUUGUCUUUCUUUGUUCGGACUGUCAACUCAUACUGGGGAACGCAGCAAUGGAUUGAUCUGGCGCGUUUCAGUGGAUUGCAACCAAGAAAGAGUAGUGGGAGUCCUAAUAUGGUUUCUGAAUCUACUGAUUCCCCAUUGUUGGAAUGCAGCUCUACAAAUGCAGAAACUGUCGAUGAAAAUAGUAACCAAUCUGGCGAUAGCUGAUAUGCUCGCAAACUCUGGCGGAACUUACAAUGGAUUAGAGCAUACAAAACCAUUUUUUCCUUGCUGAUUUACCGAGACCAAAAAAUGCAACAGCUCUACUUCACAAACUCAAAGGCAUCGAAGUUUCAGAUCCCAUAAGCCAACAAAUAUGAGAGGAUUCGAUACUAUUGUUGUCUUUGCUGAAUUUACAAUGUGAUGCAGCUGGUUUGGCAUAUUGUAGAAUCUCUGUUUUUUUUUUGGGUAUAUAAUGUAUUUUUUUUGUGGUUUCAAAGUUAAGUUCAAGGAGCAUAAAAGAUAGAUUUGGGUUUCGUUUGAGACAACUUUUUAAAUGUUUCUUAAAACGGUUUUUUAAUAUAAAAUUUUUGAAUUAAAAAAAAUUGUACUAAAAAGCUGUUUCAGAAAAUAAUAAGAAAAUUGUCUCAAACGAAACCUUGACGUAUAAAUACUGUAACAACAUGAGGGCUUUUGCCCUUUAUUCUUUAUGUGAAAGCUCACUUUUUUUUUCCAACAAAGUUUGUUGGCCAA